AUCGGUGUCAUGCAGACGAAACGUCCACGCCUUAGCACUCGUGACGGUAUUCGUCUCGCAAACUUGAACGGAACAACUUAUUACACUCUUACAAACCAACGGCAUAGUUCACGACGAACACAAGGCAAGCUCAGACUCGCACCCGUUUCCUGGUCACCGGCCAGGGCGCGGGAAGGUCGGUCACAGGUCGGUCGGAAGGUCGGUCGCGGGGCGGGACGGGACGCCCUUGGCACGGCGCACGGCCGUGCUCCUUGCUUUCUAUCAUAGAUCUGAACCAGUGUGGUGCUCCGCACCAAGAUACAGUGGGCUGCGGCCAUGCCAUCGAAGUCAUGCAUGGCGCGUGGACUCGGCGAGCUCGGGCUCGUAGUCUUGCUACUUGCCAAUGUCGGCUCCGCAACAGCUGAGCUUGGGCGACGCUCACUCGGCAGCGCAGCUGGGUGUCUGGACCUUGGCGCGAACUGCAAUCCCGCGACGGGCAGCAAUGCUGCCGGCAGUGUCAAGUGCUGCGCUGGCAUUUCGUUCUGCUCAGCAUCGGGAAAGACCGGAAAGAACAACGCCUACAAGUGCGCGGCGGUUUCGGCCCCUUGUCCUGUGGGAUUGUACUAUCAGUCAGCCGCUCCCACCUUCACCUCCGACCGUGGAUGUAUGCCGGUGACAAUCUGCAGUGCCGACCAGUACGAGGCCGUCGCUCCCACUUCCCUCUCUGACCGCCUGUGCCAUCAGGUGACUAAGUGCGCAAUGGACCAAUUCCAGGCCUCCCCACCUACCUGGAACGCAGACCGUGUCUGUGCCCCGGUGAGCCCCGCUUGCCACGCCGGCAUCACCUUCCAGUCCGCCGCCCCCACCGGCACCUCGGAUCGCAUCUGCAGCCCAGUCUCGUCCUGCCUGGCUGAGGAGUAUGAGGUGUCCGCACCUACGGCCCUGGCCAACCGGGUGUGUGCCAAGAUUCGUGUGGCCUGUGGCGUGGAUGAGUACGAGUCCGCUGCACCCACUUCCAUCAGCGACCGUGUGUGCCGCCUCCUUACGGUCUGCACCGAGAGCGAGUUCCAGUCAUCUGCGCCUCAGUGGAACAAGGACCGCGGCUGCAGCGAGCACAGCGUCUGCAACGCAAACGAGUAUGAGGCUGUCGCGGCUCAGUGGAACGCCGACCGCAAGUGUGCCCCAGUCACUGCUGUGUGCCCUACUGGCACCUACUCGGCCGCGGACCCCACACCCACGGCCGACCGCCAGUGCGCCCCAGUCACCGCUGUGUGCCCUACUGGCACCUACUCGGCCGCGGACCCCACACCCACGGCCGACCGCCAGUGCGCCCCAGUCACCGCUGUGUGCCCUACUGGCACCUACUCGGCCGCGGACCCCACACCCACGGCCGACCGUCAGUGCGCCCCAGUCACCGCUGUGUGCCCUACUGGCACCUACUCGGCCGCGGACCCCACGCCCACGGCCGACCGCCUGUGCGCCCCAGUCACCGCUGUGUGCCCUACUGGCACUUACUCGGCCGCGGACCCCACGCCCACGGCCGACCGCCAGUGCGCCCCAGUCACCGCUGUGUGCCCUACUGGCACCUACUCGGCCGCGGACCCCACACCCACGGCCGACCGCCAGUGUGCCCCAGUCACCGCUGUGUGCCCUACUGGCACCUACUCGGCCGCGGACCCCACACCCACGGCCGACCGCCAGUGCGCCCCAGUCACCGCUGUGUGCCCUACUGGCACCUACUCGGCCGCGGACUCCACACCCACGGCCGACCGCCUGUGCGCCCCAGUCACCGCUGUGUGCCCUACUGGCACCUACUCGACUGCGGACCCCACGCCCACGGCCGACCGCCAGUGUGCCCCAGUCACCGCUGUGUGCCCUACUGGCACCUACUCGGCCGCGGACCCCACGCCCACGGCCGACCGCCAGUGUGCCCCAGUCACCGCUGUGUGCCCUACUGGCACCUACUCGGCCGCGGAUCCCACACCCACGGCCGACCGCCAGUGCGCCCCAGUCACCGCUGUGUGCCCUACUGGCGCCUACUCGGCCGCGGAUCCCACGCCCACGGCCGACCGCCAGUGCGCCCCAGUCACCGCUGUGUGCCCUACUGGCACCUACUCGGCCGCGGACCCCACACCCACGGCCGACCGCCAGUGCGCCCCAGUCACCGCUGUGUGCCCUACUGGCACCUACUCGGCUGCAGACCCCACGCCCACGGCCGACCGCCAGUGCGCCCCAGUCACCGCUGUAUGCCCUACUGGCACCUACUCGGCCGCGGACCCCACGCCCACGGCCGACCGCCAGUGCGCCCCAGUCACCGCUGUGUGCCCUACUGGCACUUACUCGGCCGCGGACCCCACGCCCACGGCCGACCGCCAGUGUGCCCCAGUCACCGCUGUGUGCCCUACUGGCACGUACUCGGCCGCGGACCCCACGCCCACGGCCGACCGCCAGUGUGCCCCGGUCACCGCUGUGUGCCCUACUGGCACCUACUCGGCCGCGGACCCCACGCCCACGGCCGACCGCCAGUGUGCCCCAGUCACCGCUGUGUGCCCUACUGGCACCUACUCGGCCGCGGACCCCACACCCACGGCCGACCGCCAGUGCGCCCCAGUCACCGCUGUGUGCCCUACUGGCACCUACUCGGCCGCGGACCCCACACCCACGGCCGACCGCCAGUGCGCCCCAGUCACCGCUGUAUGCCCUACUGGCACCUACUCGGCCGCGGACCCCACGCCCACGGCCGACCGCCAGUGCGCCCCAGUCACCGCUGUGUGCCCUACUGGCACCUACUCGGCCGCGGACCCCACGCCCACGGCCGACCGCCAGUGUGCCCCAGUCACCGCUGUGUGCCCUACUGGCACCUACUCGGCCGCGGACCCCACGCCCACGGCCGACCGCCAGUGCGCCCCAGUCACCGCUGUGUGCCCUGCUGGCACCUACUCGGCCGCGGACCCCACACCCACGGCCGACCGCCAGUGUGCCCCAGUCACCGCUGUGUGCCCUACUGGCACCUACUCGGCCGCGGACCCCACACCCACGGCCGACCGCCAGUGCGCCCCAGUCACCGCUGUGUGCCCUACUGGCACCUACUCGGCCGCGGACCCCACACCCACGGCCGACCGCCAGUGCCAGACGUGCUCUGAGUGCUCUGCGUUCCAGUUUGUGGUCACGGCCUGCUCCAGCACCUCGGACACGGUCUGCACGGUUCAACUGGAUGCACCUGACCGGCCCGAGACCCUCUACCUUGAUGCCCGCGCUCUGGCCUCGCACGCCAGCCAGCCCGCCGUCGUCACCAGCUGGGCCGACCUCGACCCUGCGCGCGCAGCCACCCAUGUGUUCACUUUCACGGGCGGCUCCAACUGCAGUGUCACGGCAUCCGCCUCUGCCCCCGCCGUGAAUAUGACCGGCACCUGCCUGGGCCGCCUCACCCUGCCCGCCAAGACGCCGCUUCUGAACUGGGGCACCAGCAACACCUCAGAGUUCACAGCUGUUGUGCUCCACAGGCCUCGCAUUCCCAACGCCGGCUCUAGGCAAGUCCUCUACAUGGGCAACUCGACUAUCGGGACCAACUCUGCUUUCAUCUGGUACAACCAAGCAGUGGCCCGCAUCGGUGUCAACGCCGGUGCUUCAGAUGUGAGCGCCACCAGCUUACCGGCGGUCAACACCUGGGUGCUUGAGUUUGUAACUCGCACGCAAACGGCCGGCGGCCGAAUGGUUCUCAGUCUUCACCGCCGUUACGCCACCGACACCUCCUUCACGUCCUUCACCGGAAACGGCUCAGCGGCAGGCUAUCCUGUGGGCUUCAACGAAAUAAACCUCGGCCGCUACUGGCGGCUGGCGCCCAUAUAUGCCCCUGAGGAGGAGCUGGGCGCCCUGAUGCUGUACAACAGGGCCAUUGACGGCAACACCAUGGACCGAGUGUUCGCCCACUACAGGGACCGGAUGGUUUAGGCAGCCUCCAGGUGUGGGCGCGCGCAGGGGCCCGGCAGGCAAUCGGCGGCUGCCAGAGCGAUACGGCACGGGCCGUACUUCCAUGUGGUGUGACAUGCAUUGCAGCUAGUUGGGGCAUGUCAGAUGGACAGGCGCUGCCUUUGUGAUGUGCUUUAUGCAGGGUUAGAUCCCUGAAUUCAUGUACUUUAUUUAUUGCGGGCUCUUACAGCAAUGCGUUUGAGCUGCACCACAGCUAUGCUGGUGUCCACUCCCGACUAUGAUAUAGGGAGGCAAAUAAAGGCCGUGUCCAUUAAUUACGGGCUUGCAAUGUAUGCGGUUUUUUGGCAGAUGGCGGGGCUCAGUACCGUGUCCCAUAAGAAUGCGGAUGUUACAGAGGGGACAGUCCCAGCACCCAUAAGAGUGUUAGAAGGUGUGAAGAGGCGCUGUGAAUGCGCUGCACCAUGCUGCCAAACGCUACCUAUAACGACGUACGUGUAUGUGUAGGUUUUUGACUGCGUGCACAACACGUCUGCAAUAAAAGUUCGAACUCCCAUUCAUCCAUCGCGUUUAUGCGGCGUUGAGGCAUAUGCGAGCAACCAAGUGCACCUAUGAAUCAUUACGCAUGGUGGGCAAUCCCACAUGCUGGUUGUUGUGCGUGUUCACUAGGGAUGGAGCGCGUGGUGACUUGGCCAUCUUACUUUGACGUGCCUGCAGCUGUUGAAACACACAGAGCCGGGUCACGGUGUACUGUUUGGCUCAUGGGAGGCACGCUACCGUGCGCACGAGGAUUGAGUAAUAAAGCGCCGGAGGCGCAAAGUGCGUAUUGCCACGAAAUCUGGCACGGCAAACAGCCGUGUCUCGUGCAAGGGGUACGUGCAGCCUUGCGCUUGUACGCACACGCACAAUAAGCAAGCGCAUUGACAGGAUGUAUGCGGUUAGGAAACCCAAUUUUGCGCGUAUGUGACUGGAUGUCAUACCAAAUCUGAUAGUUUGAAUCACCGGCAAGCAUGCGCGGGAGCUAUGUUUUAUUAUGCGUGUGUGCGCGUGUGACCUCAGCAUGUUAGGCCUUCUGCCUGGCAGAAAGGCGCGCGCCCCUAUUACGGUACCGUAUGGUUGUGCAAGCGUGCGUAGCCGCCUUGGCGGACAGUGGCAGUGGAGGGACAGGUGGUGAUCUGGUGAAGACGUGCAAAGCUUGGUGCCCUAGGCUGUAGUAGGUGCAGCCCGCGGGGGAGUGUUGAUAAGGGGUAGUUGACUAAACGGGUGACGGUCUGCCCCUACCCCAUGCGUGUCAGUGCGAUGAGGCUAGGAACAUAUUAGGCCGAGAGCAAGCCCAACCUAGACUAAGUCACACGUAUAGGAGCACAAGCGAGAGGUAUCUGACUGCAGUCUGGCAGUCUAUGUGACCUGAGCGACUC